ACCAUGUCUACUGCAUCUGCCACAAACACUUCAUCCCUUCCCAUCUUUAAUCCUUCUUCUAGCAUUAAUGUUACUAAACUUACUCGCACAAAUUAUCCCAUAUGGAAAGCGCAAAUGCUUCCUUACCUAAAAGGCCAAGAAGUCUUCGGUUAUGUCGAUGGAACAAUUAAAGCACCACCUGCAACUCUUACCGUCAAUGGCACCUCAACUCCAAAUCCCGAAUUCGCUCUCUGGACCAAACAAGAUAAUCUAAUUCUUAGCACUAUUAAUUCUUCUCUCACCGAAGAAGUUCUUGCCCAAGUUUAUCAAUCUGAAACCUCCCAUGCCAUUUGGCUUGCACUUCAAACAUGUUUUGCUUCUCAAUCUAGAGCCAAGGUUGUCCAAGUUCGGUCUCAAUUAGCUACAUCUCGCAAAGGUCAUCUCUCUGCUACAGAUUACUUCGUGCAAAUCAAGAAACUCGCAGAUCAACUAUCUAUGGCUGGCCAGGCACUCACUUCGGAUGAUAUAAUCACUUAUAUCUUGGCUGGUCUUGGACCGGAAUAUGAUCCCUUGGUUAAUACUAUUGUUGGUCGUGAAAGUAUCACUCUAGAAGAGGUUUAUUCUAUGCUUCUCACAACUGAAGCUCGGAUUCUACACAACAAUCAACCACUCUCGGCACUCUCUGUAGCAAGUGUUAAUGUGGCUGCUCGAUCUUUCGAUCCACCUCGUGGUCGGGGUCGCGGUUUUUCUAAUGGUCCUCUAAGCCGUGGUAAUCAGUCCUAUAGAGGAGGAUACAAUAACAGCCGUGGAGGUUACAGUGCCAGUAACCAUCAUUCCUUCAACCGAAACAACUCUGGUGUAGUUCAAAGAUCAAACUUAUGGUGUCAGCUUUGUGAAAAACAUGGUCAUACUGUCCACAAGUGUUAUCAUAGGUUUGACGUCACUUUCCAAUCCUCCUAUAAACCAAAAGGUCCAAGUGCUAUGCUUGCCUCGGCCUCGCCGACCACAGACUCUGUUUGGCAUCCUGACACGGGAGCAACUCAUCACAUGACUCCGGAUAUGAACAAACUCACACUUCGCAGUGAGGAUUAUCAAGGUUCAGAUGAGAUUCAGGUUGGAAACGGAGCAGGAUUACUCGGGGAACAUCCAACAUAGAGGUUGUCUUUCGGAUGGCCUAUAUUGUUUUUCGCCG